AUGACUAGCUUUGAGCUUCAUGUUGCCAACAGUCCAAAUAAUUCAUAUGCAUUGGCAAAUGUGGUUGCUGUCUCUCCAUCGGAUUUCCCUAAUAAUAGCUACAUACUACUAGACAAUUUAUUUGUGUUCACAACUAGGCAUAGCAAUGAAAUACCACCAAAAACCAUUGGUCUUAAUGGAAAUCAGAGGACGUGGGGUGGUUGGUCUCUUAACCAAAGUGUACAAGUUCGUCCUUUCGAUUUGGUAGCUUAUACUUCUAAACACUCCUAUAUUGGAAACAUGGAUGUUGAGAUAUCCUUCAGAUCAAGAGGUAAAGCCGUUAAUACCAAAUUCGAGCAAGAUGACCUUUCAAGGCAUUUUGUUAAAAUGUUCGAAUCACAGGUAUUCUCACCGACUCAGUACCUAAUAUUUGAAUAUAAAGGACAUAUAUUUGAUGUGAAAAUAAAAGGCCUGCAAGCUAUUGAUAUUGGAGAUGUCCAACCAAAACCACAUGUCUCAACAAAGAUAGAAACCAAGAGUAUUUUAACAAACCAGAGUCAUGUUUCGUUUUAUAAAGGUCGUGAUGGCUUGGUAAACUUAACUGCAGGAUCAAGUUUACAAACCUCAAACCCCAACGCUGUGAUUCGACCAGACUUUAAGUUUGAAGACUUAGGUGUUGGUGGUCUAGAUAAAGAAUUCACUAAAAUAUUCAGAAGGGCUUUUGCAAGCAGAAUUUUCCCACCUGCGGUUAUUGAAAAGUUGGGUAUAUCGCAUGUGAAAGGUUUACUAUUAUUUGGACCUCCUGGUACGGGUAAGACUCUUAUUGCAAGAAAAAUAGGUACAAUGUUAAAUGCUAAAGAACCAAAAAUUGUUAAUGGUCCGGAAAUAUUAAGUAAAUAUGUUGGUUCCUCAGAAGAAAAUAUUCGUAAUCUGUUCAAGGAUGCUGAAGCUGAAUAUAGAGCUAAAGGAGAAGAAUCGUCCUUACAUAUUAUAAUUUUUGAUGAGCUGGACUCUGUCUUUAAGCAGAGAGGCUCUCGAGGAGAUGGUACUGGUGUUGGAGAUAAUGUAGUGAAUCAACUUUUGGCCAAAAUGGACGGUGUGGAUCAACUAAAUAACAUUCUGGUUAUUGGUAUGACCAACCGUAAAGACCUAAUCGAUAGUGCGUUGUUGCGUCCUGGUCGUUUUGAAGUUCAAGUUGAGAUACAUUUACCAGAUGAAGAGGGUAGAGUCCAGAUAUUCGAAAUUCAAACUAAGAAAAUGAGAGAGAAUGGCAUGCUGGCGCCUGAUGUGAACUUGAAGGAACUAGCUGCUUUGACAAAAAACUUCUCUGGUGCUGAAAUUGAGGGUUUAGUCAAGAGUGCAAGUUCAUUUGCUAUCAAUAAGACUGUUAAUAUAGGUAAAGGUAGUACAAAACUAAAUCCCAAAGAACUAUCUCAACUAAGGGUUACAAGAGCUGAUUUCUUAAAUGCAUUAGAUGAAGUUACUCCAGCAUUUGGUGUCAGUGAAGAAGAUUUAAAGACCUGCGUUGAAGGUGGUAUCAUUAAUUAUUCUGAAUCAGUAGACAAUAUAUUAAAGCAUGGUGCCAGGUACGUUCGCCAAGUUAAAAAAAGUGAUAGAUCUAGGUUGGUAUCACUGCUGUUGCAUGGUAAUGCCGGUGCAGGUAAAACAGCCCUUUCGGCUGCAAUUGCUUUAAAUUCUGGAUUUCCUUUUGUGAGAAUGAUAUCUCCCAAUGAUAUUGCUGGUAUGUCAGAAGCAGCUAAGAUUGCCUACAUUGAUAAUACGUUCCGUGACGCUUAUAAAUCUCCACUUAAUAUACUUGUGAUUGAUUCUAUUGAGACGCUUGUGGACUGGGUUCCAAUUGGACCCCGUUUCUCUAAUAACAUUCUUCAAGUCCUGAAAGUUGCGCUGAAACGUAAACCACCCCAGGACAAGAGACUUUUGAUUUUGACCACCACAUCUUCCUAUUCUGUUUUGAGGCAGAUGGACAUUUUAAGUUGCUUUGAUAAUGAGAUUGGUGUACCUGAUGUUGGUAAUUUGGACGAGCUUAAUAACAUUAUGAUAGAGACCGAGUUUUUAGAUGAUGCAGAGAGAGUUAAAGUGAUCAACCAGUUGGCCAGAACACGCCCAGCUAUUAACCUUGGAAUAAAGAAGAUUUUGACAAACAUUGAAACGGCAAGACAUGACGAAGAUCCAGCUAACGAGUUUAUAGACCUAAUUGUUAACAGCUGA